GCCAGGGAACUGCGGGCGCAAGGUGGCGGGCUUACCGCGUCUUCAAAGUUUGAUUGCACGGUUAUGAGUUUCCUCGCUGGUUUAGGACAGCAGUCUCAAGGAGAGGAGAAGAGGUUCCGGCUCCGGAAGCACGGAUCAGGCGAGGGGGAGACCGGGCUUCGGCCCCGGGAUCCGCAGUCUGACGCAGGAGACUGCGGUGGCCAGGGACGAGCCUCCUCCGAGGGAGAGUCAGGAAACCCUUCCCGAGGUGGGAAAUAAGGACCCUAUCUCCGAGAGCCCCUCUAGAGAAGAUGACUCAAGAUCAGCCUUUGCUUGCUGUGCAGGAGGCCCUGAGGAAGUGCUUUCCCGUGGUGGAGGAGCAGCAGGGCCUGUGGCAGAGCACCCUGCGGGACUGCCAGCCCCUCCUGGCCUCCCUGGGCAACCUGGCAGAGCAGCUGCAGGCGGCACAGAGCCUGCGAUUUGAGGACGUGCCGGCACUUCGGGCCUUCCCAGACUUAAAGGAGCGGCUAAGGCGCAAGCAGCUAGCGGCUGGUGACACUGUCCUGGACAAGCUAGGGGAGCGGCUAGCUGCGCUCCUCAAGGUGCGGGACACAGUCAGCAGCCAUGUGGAACGGGUGCUUCAGAUCUAUGAGCAGCAUGCAGACACGAUCAGCAUUGAUGCUGUCCUGCAGGCUUCAGCUGUGAGCCCCUCUGUGGCUGAUAUGUUGGAGUGGUUGCAAGAUAUUGAGAGACAUUAUCGAAAUUCGAAGGUACCUGAAGAGAAAGUACCUCCUGUCUUCGAUCCAGUGGGAGGACUUGGUCAACAUCCAAGCUUUGCCCAAGGCCUGGGACCAAAUUUCGGAAGAGGAACACCAAGACCUUGUACAGAAUGUCCUGUUGAAUGUCUCCUUCUUCCUGGAAGAGUAAGGAAGCUGUGUGUUCAUCUGCAGACGAAGGGGAUGCAGCUGAAGACCGACAUUGCUGCACUCUGCUAUUUCUAAAGAAAUGCCAGUAUUGCAACCUGGCAUAUUGGAAAGGUCAAUGCCUGGAGCCUCAGGGCUGGCUCUUGGGAGGGUUGUGCUAGAUGUUUCUGAUGUUGGGGCUUCUGAUGUUAUGGCUGAGGGUACACGGCCAUCUCUUGCCCUUUCCUAAGGCUCAGGGGAGUGGACGGAGGCAGAGAGAACACUGGAAAGGUAGUGCCGAAGAACACCGAGGGCAGAAGCAGCAGCCACAGAAAUGGUAGGCAAGGAAAGGAUGGGGUAGAGAGUGGCACCGCCUCGGCAUCAUCCAGACCUCUGAGCCUGGUUGACACCAGGCCCUGGUUUCGUGUGUUUGUGUCAAUACCCAACUCCUUGGCUAAAGAGAAAGUGGCUUUGAUGAUUUAAAGAAAUAAAGGUGAUGUUGAUGGAAAACAGUAAUGGUUUUCCAACGGCAGUAGCUCCUUAUCAUCAAGAUGUGUCAGUUUCCAGAGCCUACCACCAGGGGGCGGUGGUGCAGCGUGAAUUAUUCUGACAGCCUUGUCGUGAGGGUGACCCCCUAUUGCUCUCACAUCUGAGAGGAAGUAACUGGGGAUAGCGGAACUUCUCAAAUGACAAGGUUUUUUUGACCAAAGCUGGCAACUGACUUGCCAGAUUCCUCUGAUCUUGGAGUAGCGGUGUGGGUGGCAGAGCACCAGCCCAGAGUCAGGCGAUUAGGGUUGUGUCUCUGAGACCCAGUGCCCUCAUCUGUGAAAUGGUCGUGGUACUUCCACACCUGUCAGCUUCCUAGGCUGUUAUGAAAAUCUGGGUCAUUGGAUGUAAAAGGACUCAAUAAAGAGUAUAGAUAUUUUUCAAAAUGAAAA